AAAUCAUCUUUAAGCAAACACUUUAGUUUUAGUUUUUGUGCAACUAUAACUAUGAAGGUGGCUCUUGUCUUUUUCGCUACUGCGGCGCUUGUUUUGGCCGAGCCCCCAGUGCCGAGCAGUCAGUACCUCCCCAGUAACCAAUACGGACCCCCUAAUAACCAGUAUGGGCCCCCAAGACCGUUCUCACCCCCGUCGAACCAAUACGGGGCUCCGGCCCAAACCACGGCCAUUGUGAGGCCCAAUAAUCAGUAUGGGGCCCCAAGACCCGGGGGUAAUUACUUGCCUCCAGGGCAGGGGGGGAAUGGAGGGUAUGGAGGAAACGGCGGUGGUUAUGGAGGUGGUGGAUACGAUGACCAAUCCGAACCGGCCAACUACAACUUCGAGUACCACGUCCAAGACGCCCAGUCCGGCAACGACUUCGGGCACCAGGAGUCGCGCCAAGGAGACGUCGCCCAAGGCAAAUACUACGUGCUCUUGCCUGACGGCAGGCGCCAGACCGUCGAAUACAUCGCAGACAACGAAGGCUACAAACCCAAAAUCUCCUACGAGCAAGUGAGCAACGGAAUCGGGGGCGGCUACGCCAACGGCGGCUACCCCAGCGGCGGCGGCGGCAACGGGGGGUAUCAGUAUUAAAGCACCAUAGAUAGAAUAGAAAAUUGAGGCUUGGUGGAGAUGCUGAUGUUGUUUGUAUCAUUUGUGAUAUCAUUGUCAAAAAUUCAUUUCAUUUCCAAACGUUGGCAUCUUAUCAAGUACUAAAAGUACCUUAAUAGUCGUGGGACUAUCAUAGUUUGUAAAAUAUGUAUAUUGUACCUCUUCACCUUCACACGUCGAUAACGAAACGAAUAUGGAUAACGAUUUGCAUAAGGUGAAUGAAAUUUGCGAUGGGCGUGAUUUUCAUUCAUUUUAUCUUGGAUUUGUGUAUUUAUUAAAUGCCAUAUUUAAGUAUUUAGACUAGUUUCAAAGUAUUAUCUAAUUAUUGCUGUCAUGUUUAUACCUCUAUUUGAUAACGAAAUAAAGAAGUUUUGCAUUA